AUGGGUGUCGGCGGCACGUAUGAGCUCCCACGGCGCGGAGUCACAAUCGAAGGGGUGCAUCUCACUGGGACGAUACCGUGGAUGAUACGGUGGGACAAAGAUCCGUCCAAGGGCGUGCAUAUCAACGCGGUCUGGGGCAAAGGCCGGGAUCGAGUCAAAGUGGCAUAUCAGUUCCAUCGGGAGAGCGAUGGCCAGGAUAUCGAGGGGUGGAAUGAGUUUAAAAAAGGCGUUAAGUCUUUGAACAAAGCUACAAAGAUCAAGACCUAUAAACAGCGCACUGAUGAGGAAAACAACACACAUAAGGUUGUGUUCAAGGAUGGUGGGAAUCAGGAGGAUGCUGUCAAGGCGAUUGUUGAAAAGUGGACGUCGCUGAUCGGCACACCAUCACCUUGUUAG